AUGAAUUAAUUUAAUGUCGUCUAAAGAGGGAAUUACAUAAUUCAUUAUUCAGAUGUAAUAGCUGAGGGAGUAAGAGGGAAGAUAUAUAGAUGUGAACGUGGAAAUUAAAAUGAAUAAUUAUGUGUAUAGGUAAUUUGCAAGACUCCAAACUAUGGAAAUUAAGAGGAGGAAAUGAACAUUUUGAAGAAACUAAAAAAUGCAGUUGAGAAGGAUAUUAAUAUUCUGAAGAUAUAUGAUAUUGAUGAUGACGAUACUAAUUAUUUUAUAUAUACAGAAUUAUGCGAUAAGAAUCUAUAAUAAUUAUUUGAAGAGAAGAAGAAUAGCAUAAUAGGGUUUACUUAAUAGGAAAUAACAGAUUAUAUCGGUCAAAUAGUGAGAGGAUAUUAAUAUUUAAGAAAGUUGAAAAUAAUGUUAAGAGAUUUAACACCUAAAAGCAUAUUGAUAAAGAAGCUCUCAAAUAAUAGAAUUGUAUUAAAAGUAAAAGUUUUUGAAUAUUUUAAGUUAUCUGAUUUUGCUAUUAGUUGUAUGACAGACGAUGGAUAUGCAUAAUCUAGAGUUGGAAUACCAUUAUUUGCAGCACCAGAAGUGUAUUCUUAGUCUCCAAAUUAAUAAAAAUACAAUGAUUCAUGUGACAUCUAUUCUGUAAGAAUAUUUAAAUAUUUUUUAAAGCUGGGAGUUAUUCUUUAUAUGAUGUAAUACAAUGGAGAUACUCCAGGCAUUGUAAAUAAUCUUGAUGAUCUUAAAAAUUUUCAUGAAAAAUUAAAAAACUCAGGUGGAUUCAAAUGUAAAUAACCUAAAACUUUUAUUUCCGACCUAAUAGAAAAAAUGUUAAAUUAUUAUCCAGAAAAAAGACCUUCUUGGGAUUAAUUAGAUAGGAACUUAGCUAAACAAUUUUUAAUAUUUUAAGACAUCUAUUUUGUAGAUCUAGAUAAAUAAAUUGGUUAAGGAGCAUAAGGAGUAACGCAUUAUGCAUAUGAUUUAAGAAAUAAUCAAGAAUUAGUUUGUAAAAUUAUUGCAAAUAAGCAUGCUGGUACUUCAAGAGAAAUUUAAAUUUUUGAAUAAAUUAAAGGAAAGUAUCAUGAAAAUGUUAUAAAAACCUUUGCAAUUUUUAAAUAAACAGAGUCUACCUAUCUAAUUAUGGAAAAAGGUGAUAGAACUCUACAAAAUUAUUUAGAAGAUAAAUAAACUAAUCAACUUUAAUUGAAAACUUAAGAAAUUGUUGAAAUUUUAUAUUAAGUUGUACAAGGAUAUAUUUUCCUUAAAUAACUUGGAAUAAUUCAUAGAGAUUUAAAACCAGAUAAUCUUUUAUUAAAAAUGAAUGAUUAAGGAAAAUAUAUUGUCAAAGUAUUAUUAUUAAACAACAUUAGAUCAUCGAUUUUGGAGUUGGUAAAAUUAUUGGUAAAGAAAUUACCGCUACUGAUACUGGUACUCCUAUAUUUUGUGCUCCAGAAGUACUUCAACAUGGAAGAGCUUAUGAUUAUUAGUGUGAUAUCUAUUCAGUAUUUAUUUAAUAAAUAAUCUAUAGUUAGGAGUUAUGUUACAUUAUUUGGCAUUCUAAAGAAUGUUUAAAGAUAUUGGAAGUUUAAGUGAACUUAUGGAAUUUCACAGAUUUUUAGAAUCUACACCAUUUUAAUGUUAAAACCAUGAGGUAUUAUUCUAUUGAAUUUAGAAUCCUUACAUAACAGAACUAAUUAAUAAAAUGAUUGUAUAUGAUCCUUAAAAAAGAAUUAAUUGGGAAAAAUUAUAAGCUCAUAAAAUUUUUGAUUCAAUAAGAUCCCAAUAACCAAAUAUUGUUUAAAAUUAAAUUGCCUAAUAAUUAAAUCAUUAUCCAUAAUAAAAUUAACCAAAAUAGAUUUAGAUGAUAAACUAAUUGUCUUUAUAACCAUAAUAAUAAUAAUAAAAUCAGCAAUAAUAAUUACAACCUAUACCUCCUCCCACAUUUACUAUAUACUAAUAUAUUUGGUCUCUCCAUAUAUUAGCAUCUAAGACUUUAUAAAGUUUUGGCAUAAUAAAAGAAAAUAACUUAUUACAUGAUGAAAUACUCCUAUCCAAGCAAUUUAUUAUUGAAUUCAUCAAAUCUUGUUUGAACAGUAUUUCAUAUAUCCAAAAUAAUAAAUCUAUUUAAUUAGAUGGAGUUUAAUAUAGAAUAACACCAGCUUUUGAUUAGUGGUUUGCUAAUAUUACAUUCAAUAAGGCUAUGGACUAAAUCCUUAUUUUUUAAUAAUAAUUAAAUUAAAUAUAAACCAAUAACAAAACAUUUGCUAUUUGUUAAGGAGAAACUUUUUUUAAAGAAAUCAUAAAUCAAGGCUAACCAACCGAUUUUUUACAUUGUCAUAGAUAAUUUAAUAAAUUUUAUCAACUAAUUAAACCUAGUAUUCUGAGCUCGAAUCUUGAUUUGAACAUUAAAUUCUUUAUGGGAAAACUUUCAAAUGUUUUCAUAGAAUUUCCAAUCUAAUAACACGAAAAAUUCUCAGAAUAAAACAUUAGUUAAAAAAUUAUUAAAAAGUAAACAAUGGAAGAUUAUGUUAGAAAAAACUAAUGAGAA